UGGACACACACAUGAACAUACUAGUCAGUGCUUACAUGUAUAUGUGGACGAACUUGUGCGGGUGGCAACGGAGUUCAACUGGAAUAAUGAUUCAUCGUUUAAAAAUGUGGCUUUUACUCUCAAGGACUGACUGUGUUUCUCAAAAUGAACAAACAAGUUGCGUGUUGAUUUUUUUAAUGAAAGAAGAUGAAGGAUUUGUACAACUGGUGUUGCAGGUGAUAAUGCGGGAUCACAAGUCCAGUGCUAAUGUGGAGAACCUGCUGAGGGAGUCUCAGAUGGAGUUACAGUGGAUCCAGAGACAGCUCGCCAUGAUUGCUGCCAGAAACUUGCACCAUCACCACCUGCAGAGCAAGGGCAAGUCCAGAUAUGAUGUUUCAUCUCAGCAAGCUACAGGCCACUCCACUGUCUACCACGCAAGCCGCUUUCGACUGCUGGAGGAGAGAAACCGAGCUCUAAAGCUUGAAGUAACCACACUUCGCCAGGAGAAACAGCAGUAUAAGAAAGUGAAAGCAAAGCUCCAUGCUGCCUUGCAGGAGAAAAAUCGUUUGAACCUUGAGUUGAUCAACCACCAUCUGAAGGCAUCCAAGUAUGACCAGGUGCAAUCCGACUAUGAUCGGCUGAGACAGACUUUUGCUGUAGUGAGUCAGGAGAGAGACGUGGCCCAGGAGCAGAGGAGCCAACUCCAGGAAAAAGUGGAUAACCUGGAACACGUUUUAAAGCAUAUGCAUGAGGCUGUAGAGCUAAAGCAACAGUUGCAGACAGAGCAUGAGCAAGCCUUGGUGGCCCUUCACACCAAGCAGAAGGAGAUCAAUCAAUUGCAAAAGGCUUGGGUUCAAACUGACCAAGAGCAUGAGGAAGCAGUACACCUGUUAGAGAACAAUAAGGACAGAAUGUUUCAGGUCAAGGUUCGUGACCUGGAGCAGGAAUGCCGGUCACACAGUGAACACUUUCACCAGCUGUCCAAAGAGCUGCUGAAUUUCCGCCUCCAGUCGGAACCUGUGAAUAUCCCUAAAAGUAAUACCACCUCUGCAUCCCAGAUCCCGCCCUCACCACAGAAGAAACUCUCGCAGGUCAGAUUCGAAGCCCAACCAGAGACAGGUGAUGAGAGUGCGGCAGACACGCCGCUGCUGAUAUCCCAGUUCUUGCCCUGCUCACCGCAGACUGGAGACGGAGAACCACCAGAACUGCUGUCUGUCAAAUCCAGCACCGUGACAACGGACCACCCCAUCCACCCCCGACAGUUUCCCUCAUCAGAGAUGGAGGAUGAGGCCAGCCCAUCACCCAGGUCCAAAUCUCGCUACACAGGCCAGGUCCGCCUUUGCACUGCCCGUUAUAGUUAUAACCCUUACGAUGGACCAAAUGAGCAUCCUGAAGCAGAACUCCCCCUUGUGGCUGGAAAGUAUCUGUAUGUGUAUGGAAACAUGGAUGACGAUGGCUUCUAUGAAGGGGAGCUGCUGGAUGGCCAAAGAGGACUUGUUCCUUCCAACUUUGUAGAGUUUGUCCAGGACAAGGAAAAACCAGGCAUUCAGGCUGGAGACGCAGGGGAAGAUCUCAGCUCACUUGAGCACACAUCCCUAGCCUUGAUGGCUGUGGAUGGAGGUGCCUCCCAGGAUGGCCUUCUGAGCUCAGCAAACGCUUUGGUUCCCUGUAGCAAUGGGACAGGUGGGGCCUUGGAUCCUGAGGACCUGGCGGAAGACGUUGUGCCUUACCCCAGAAAGAUCACCUUGAUCAAGCAGCUGGCACGGAGUGUCAUCGUGGCCUGGGAGCCUCCACUAGUGCCUUUGGGCUGGGGGAACAUCUCUAGCUACAAUGUGUUAGUAGAUGGGGAGCUUCGUGCCAAUAUACCAUACGGUGGUCGGACCAAGUGUUUGCUGGAGAAGCUGGACCUGGACGGCUGCGUCCACCGUGUGUCAGUGCAGAGCGUCACGGACCGGGGCUUGUCAGAUGAGCUGCGCUGCACCUUGCUAGUGGGAGCCAAUGUGGUGGUGGCGCCGUGCGGUCUGCGCGUCGAUGACAUUCAGCGUGACACUGCCGAGCUCUCUUGGUUGCCUAGCAACAGCAACUAUGCUCACACUGUGUUCUUAGACGGGGUAGAGCACGCAGCGGUAAAACCGGGAAGGUAUAGACUACGGUUCCACAACCUGAAGCCCCUGACAGUUUACAAAGUGACGGUGGUGGCGCAGCCCCACCAGGUGCCGUGGCAACUGCCGCUGGAGCAGAGAGAGAGGAAGGAAGCCGGCGUGGAGUUUUGCACUCAGGCAGCAGGUCCAACACCAUUUUGCAGAACAGGGCCUCCGCUGCCACCCCAGGAUGUUCAGGUGCUCUGUGGGCAGGCUCCAGGGGUCCUGCAGGUCUGCUGGAAGCCCCCCAACCUCUCUCCCACAGGCACAUCCAAUGGGGCAAAUGUCAUUGGUUACGCAGUCUGCACUAAAGGGCAGAGGAUAGCUGAGGUGCUGUUCCCUAUGGCAGACUAUGUUACGGUUGAACUGACAAGGAUUCAAUGCCUCGAGGCCAGGGAGGUCAUCGUUAGGACACUGUCGGUCCAGGGAGAAUCCCAGGACUCUCAAGUUGCUGUCAUUCCAAACAACCUGCUUGUGCCUCUACCUCCGCUUCCCCUGCCACCACCAGUGCAUCCUCACACGGGCCCCCCUCCACACCCCCAUACUCAACCUCUCCUCCAAUCCCCUCACCUUCCUCAUCCCACACCCCAAUUUCCCGCUCCACCACAUGGACAACAACUGCCGCCCCGUCCUCCCCAUGCUCAACCCCAUCCCAGACUCCCCCAUCAAGGUGGACCCCCGCAACCCCAGCUUCGUCCUCCCCAUCCCCAGCCGCAGCCCUUACAUCUUCAGCCUCGUCCACCCCACCAAGGUCCCAGGCCACAGCACCAACUGCCUCUGCUGCCCCACCCCCAACCCCACCUUAUACCUCUGAGACCAGUAAGUGCCAGAGACCUGGAUGCCAAAGACCAUGCGGCCCAUCACGGGGGAGCUAUUCUACCUGGCCAACCUGGCUGGGACCCUACACGCUCUCCUUCUGUCCAGCCUCCAUUGCCCAUGCAAGGCCACACCCUUGAAGCCCCAUCACCUGCCAAUCCACGGUCUCCCUCACCCCAGAGGAUUCUUCCUCAGCCCAGAGGCACGCUUAUCCCAGACACUGUGGCCAAAGCUAUUGCUCGAGAAGCAGCUCAGAGGGUGGCAGCAGAAAGCGGAAAGGGUGACAGAAGGCAGGGCAGAUAUGGAGAACAGGGUCAUUCAUUUCACCAGCAUCACUCUGAUGAGGAAGAGGAAGACGAGGAAGGGUUUGCUCGCGGUCGACGGAGAGGACCCUCGGUUGACGAGUUCCUCAGAGGCUCUGAGCUGGGGAGGCCGCCUCACUAUAGUCACAAUGAAGAUUAUCACAGCGAAAGCAGCCGGGGCUCUGACCUGUCUGACAUCAUGGAAGAGGAUGAGGAGGAACUGUACUCUGAGAUGAAGCUGGAAGAGGGACGUCGACGCAACUCGCACAACACACCCAAGACAACCCCUGUUGGAGGCCGCCAUGAUCGGGAUAGUGGGAGACGAGCGCAUCACGGCGGUCCCCAGCCUCAGAGACGACCUCUAAUGGUCCCCUCCAUUGAUGGCUACAGGGAUCGGGAUCGCCGCUCUCCCACGUACUAUGAUGAGUCGGAGCCAGAGGAGCCCUUUAGGAUCUUUGUGGCUCUCUUUGACUACGAUCCUCUGUCCAUGUCUCCGAACCCGGAUGCUGCUGAUGAAGAGCUGCCCUUCAAAGAGGGGCAGAUCAUUAGGGUGUAUGGGGAUAAAGAUACUGAUGGGUUUUACAGAGGUGAAGUGAAGGGCAGGAUGGGUCUGAUCCCCUGUAACAUGGUGUCAGAGAUACGAGCAGACGAUGAGGACACCAUGGACCAGCUCAUCAAACAGGGCUUUCUGCCGCUCAGCACACCUGUGGAUAGAAUAGAGCAGAACAGAAGAGGCCUGCGUCGAGAUCAGGCCUCCAGGAGGAUGGUGGCUCUGUACGACUACGACCCCAGGGAGAGCUCUCCUAAUGUUGAUGUUGAGGCUGAACUCACAUUUUGCGCUGGUGACAUCAUUGCUGUGUUUGGUGACAUUGACGAAGAUGGUUUCUAUUAUGGUGAGAUCAAUGGCCACCGCGGUUUGGUUCCCUCUAACUUCCUGGAAGAAGUGCCUGAUGACGUGGAGGUUUAUCUGACUGAUACUCCAUCCCACUACCCCCAGGAAGAGCCCGCCAACCGGCCUCCUGCCAACUCCAUCCCCGCCGUCUCAGAGAGCAAACGGAGGAAGAUUGUUCAUUUCACACCAUAAAUGGCUCUGUCUGCCUUGUACAGUAAGUUGGCAACUUGAGAUACCAGACUCGCUGUGCUAAUGCACACAGCUUGUUGCAGCAGAAGCUGUUUAAAUGCCAUGCAAUAUUACGGAGGCGCUUUUCAAGUCAUUGACUUGUUUCAUGAUUCGAAUCAGGCAGAUUUGUCUCUUUGUUUGAUUUUUAGCUCUCUGUUAAGUGACUCACUAAAAUAUUUGACUCACAUUAGUGGGUAGCUUCUCUUCUGUCAUCCAUAGGUGUUAUAGUUACAAUUUGGAUUUCAGAUUUCAUUAUAGGACGAUAUCUUUAUCCGAAAUAGCAGCUGCUGCAUUAGAUGGGAAGCCUGGUAUCUACAGUUGUGUCCCUGGGUGUUGUACCGUAUCUGACUGUACUGUAUACUCCCUCAUGGCCUACUGAUGAUGGACUUCUUCAGCUCUGUGGUGUGCUGAUGUUGUGCUCAGCAUUUGAUGGCUUCUUCCUCAGUUUGAUUUCUGUGUGUGUGAGAGAGUGUGGACGAGGCAUUACACAAUGUUUUGCAGACCCUAAACUGUUUGUGGACUCAGUUAAUGAGGACAUGCAUUAUGUACAGGGACACAGAGCAAGCCUAAAUAACACAAAAAAUUACUUCUUUUUUUUUAGGUUGGGACUAUGUUAAAUGGCAGUUAGGAUUAAGGUGAAAAUAAUUCUGAAGGAAAAGAAGAAUUUUAUCUGAAGUCAUGUAUUCGUGUGUAAAAACAUCUUUACUAUCAGUUUUAUCCAGAUUAACAGGCAGAGUACCUAGGUUUGGACGGCUUUACUCUGAAAUAUCAGUUUUUACUCCAGAGAAAUAAUAAUGUAAAAUAGUAUAGAAAAUAUUAAACUUUUAUAUUAAGAGUUAAUAUUAUCAAUUGCUGAAAAUAAACACUGAAUAUUUCAUAUAGAACUAGAAACCUUUAUUUUUUUAGUUACCUUUUGAUCUGUGAAAGAAUCCUUGAAUCUGAAGCAUGCCACAUCAAGUGAGUUAUUUACAUGCUGUCAAUCAAACAUAAUCGAACCCAAAACACCCAAAAUUAAGAUUUUUUUUCAUUCCUCAUAAAUUUGUUUUCAGGGGUUUUGAGAUAUAACCACCAAUAAUGUAAACUACAGUACUGUGCAAAAGUCUUUAUAUUUUGCCAGGAAAAUGGG